GUCAGUUUGAUUAUAGUUCAAAAGAAUAUGGCCGUGUUAGGGCCUUGUGUGAAUGUAAAUAUGAACGGUCAAAGUAAUAUUCAUAGUCAGUUAACAAAAUCAUUAGAGAGAAUUCUUGAGGAUGCAUAUUUAAGUGGCGAAAUAAAACUAAGUGGACGUAAGCUGAGAGAAUUUCCAAAGCCAGUGAAGUUUGAUUUGAGUGAUACAGUUGUUGCUGAUUUAUCUAAAAACCGCUUCUGUGAAGUGCCCGAGGAACUGACGACGUACAUUUUUUUAGAAAAGUUGUUGUUAUCGCAAAAUAUACUAAGGAAUCUACCUGAUGCAGUCGGCGGUCUACAGUCUCUCACAUUCUUGGAUCUCAGUUCAAAUCAGCUUACCGAGCUGCCUCGAGAAAUAUGUCAAAUGCCGCUGCAAGUCCUACUAGUGCCAGACAACCUCCUAACAACAUUACCAAAGGAAAUCGGGAAGAUGACAACUCUAGCAGAGCUGGUGGCGUCGAACAACAGGCUGACGCAAGUGCCGAUGACACUGGGCGACUGUGCUGGCUUGCGGGCGUUGGAUCUUAGCAAUAAUCAACUAGGAUUGUUACCUUUACAGGUGACAUACCUUCGACUGGAACACCUGGACGUCAGCUGCAACUGUAUUUCCUCCCUGCCUUUGGAACUGCGCAACAUGAGCACCCUCAUCACGCUGAACCUGGACAAUAACCCUCUCGUUUCACCUCCUACAACGGUAUGCAUGCGCGGGCGCGUGCACAUAUUCAAGUACCUAGAAAACAUGGCGAACAAAGACACCCCCGCGCACCGCCGCGUCGAAGACACCCGCCGAACAGCCAAACACACCUCCUACCUUAACAGUCCAACGACCAACCAAAUAACGUCAGGCAACGCCACGAUAGACUGUCUCAGGCAUAAGCCGAGGCAUGUCGUGGAUAGCGGGUACAGCACUGAUGGCAUGGAGAAGCGGUGGUCUAAUGAUGGCGGAGGCGAAGCUGGCGGAGGUUCCGGCCGUUCUACGCCCAGCACGCCAUCUACCCUGUCUCCCGGCGCGGCGCUAUCGCGGGCGCAGUCACUGUCCAGCGAAUCCCCUUUACCACAAUUGACUCCGCUACUCACCGGCCUCCGUAUAUCACCCGAAGGGAACAUUUCCAAUGGCGACGAUAAGAGUAAAUUAGCCCAUCAGCAAACCUACAGGCAAUACAAAGAAGCUUUAAGACGACAACGCCAGCAAGACAUCUACCGCCCCCGCACCGACCAAUCAUCGCCCGACCUCGACUCCUCCCCCCACCAAAGUCCCAUCCACAACCCCCACUCCCCCGUCAACGGCCACAGUAAUGUAUCCCCCAUAUAUCGUUCCACUAGCAUAUCACCAAAUUCCUCCCAAGUGCCAAACUCACCCCUCCUACACUCAACACCCAGAAGAUUCCAAAAUCAAAAUGGAAACUCGGAGAAAGAAGAGAAUAAGCGGCCAGUACAGAAAGUUGUGCCUUCGAGGAAUGUAAAUAAGAUCUAUUCUGCUGUGAACGGGAACGUGGAGUAUGGCAGGACGAAUGGACACGACACGUAUACAAAACCUACGUCGCCUACUAAGUCUCCGACGAAUACUUUAGGUUAUAAUAGCAUAGGCACAAAAUCCAACAUCCCCCGGCAAACCAACGGCGACCCAAAGCUACUAACAACCACGGUGUCAUACCUCAAAGGCGCCGCACCGAAACCUGCAGCCAAGGUCCCGUGGAGUAAAGACGACAAGCUCAGCUUCACCAUGAAGAGAGAGUUCGAUAAGCAGAAGGAGGAAUCAGAUCUGCUGGCGCAGUUGAGGACGAUAAUCGAAAGCCGGUUAAAGAUGAGUUUACCAGAGCAACUAGCACCGGUAUUGGCCGACGGGGUCGUCCUAUGCCACCUCGCCAACCAUGUUCGGCCGCGCUCCGUGGCCUCCGUACACGUACCUUCUCCUGCACAGCCCAAAUUAACAAUGGCAAGAUGCAGGCGGAAUGUCGACAACUUCUUGGAAGCCUGCCGGAGAAUUGGAGUCGAAGAAGAAAACAUCUGCUCGCCCGAAGACAUUCUGGGCGCGGAGCGAGAGCGGGACGGCACCAUCCUACCUCUCGCUCGCACUGUAUGCGCCCUCCUCUCACACGCCACGCCGCGAAAGGAUAACCAAUCAGAGCGCUACAAUUACGACCAAUCGCAGCAGGAAUACGAGUAUUACCGAAGCGAUGUCGCGAACUCCGUUGAAGUGAACUAUUAUCAAAGUACCGUGGGCAGGUACGACGAAGACAGAAUAGUGAGCAAUUUCAACAUGUUUACUGAAUACCAGAGCCAAAACUACACCAUCGACGAGGCUGACGAAUAUCAAAACUACGAAAACAACAACACAGACGGACACUAUUCACCAGUCUACGAAGGCGUAAGGAACAGAGGACCUUACUACCACAAGAAUAGAGUUCAAUUCGUCACGCCAUUCUUCAAGGGAGACGGUCUUUUGAAAUCCGAUAACUUCGACAUAUACGACACGGAUGAAGUAGAUUUCCCGAUAGAACUAAGUCGGGACACAGAGAGAUAUGACAGGGGUAAAAUGAAUUUAGAUAUACAGAACAAUUUGAACAGGGAUCUGACCAUAGAGACUGAAGCUAUGAAGAAGGAGAGGCUGUUUUUCACUUGUCUAUGCCUUGGCGCGUUUUUCGUGUCCGCCAUCUUGCUAUUUAUAUAUCCUUUAUAAUUUGAUGCAAUAAAAUUUAGAUCUGGGUAUGUACUAGUGGUUAUGUAAGGACGCUAAGUACGAAGAAUUUCAUACAUUGACCUGUUAUU